UUGUAUUUCGUUUCUAUGAGUCAGUAAAUUUGUUGAAUUUAUUAACUUUUCGUUGCAUUUUGUGUUAGACAAAAACAGGUUUCAAAAUAUCUGAUAAAGCAUACAGGUAGACUACCGUAGAUCUGUACAUUCCGAAGCCGAAGGCAGGUUCGUCUGUCUGUCUGUUCGUGUCCAACGCCGCUUCAACCGGUGUUCAGACUAUGGCGGAGUCUCAAGAUUAUCAGGAUGUCUACGAACAGGGUGGUGUAUUCAUUAAUGCUAAAGAGGAUGAACAAAAUGGGGGAGACAUAUUGCUUGGUGGAACUUUAUAUAUAACAGAAAUGAACGAUAAAAGAUAUAUCAAGUGGAUUGUCUAUCAUGAACCAGAUAAAAACAAUUCUGAAAAAGACGAUACGUAUACAUUAGAUGGAGAAUCAAGUUCUGUCUUGCAUUCUCAUUCCAGAGAUGAUCUGAGCUCUGUAAAUGAGUACCAACCAAUUGAUCCUGACUGGACACUUAUAAACAAUGGUGGUCAAACAGUCGCAUUUUUAAAAGUUGACAAAGAUGGGAAGAAAAUGCAACGAGGUUCUCUAUCAUCAGAAGCAGAAGCUGAUGAAGAAGCUGCCAAAUAUAAUAUUUCUGUGGAAAUAGCUGAAUUAGAUUUAAUGAAAAGAUCAAAAAGAGGAUUGGGUUGGCCAAACGUCACACUUUGGCGUAAAGAUGGUUCUGUUCUACCCACGUUUCAUUUCCAUGACAAAGGUUGCAAGAAAUUUAUCAAAACUUUGAAGAUGUAUGCUUAUGCUAUGCCAUUUCCCAAAGAUCCUUAUACAUUCCGAUUGACUCAACAUGAUGAUAAUGCACUUACUCGUUCAUUUGAUGAACUUCAAUUGUUUGGAAGUUCUCCUGCUGCCAAUAAUGACACGUCACGACUUUUCAAGGACUCGUCAGAUUUUGCACUUCGUUCGUUCUCGAGAGUUACAAAUUUCUUGCAAAACAUCAUGGUUCCAUCGGAACAUCCCAGUAAUAGACCAGCAAAGGAGACUGCACAAGUUGUAAGUGAGGAUUUGAUAGAAACAAUUGGAACGAGCCGAAUUCAAAUUCAACCUGACGAAACACAAACAAACGGCUUUGAAGUUAUAACAUGUGCACAAUUGGGUCCACGAUCAGAACAACCAAGAGGACUCCCAGUCACGAACGCAUUAUUGGAAACCCAUAAAGAUGAGGAAGGAAGGAUACAUAGAGUGGAUGAAUUGAUGUGGGCAAUAUUUCAUGGUGGCAUUGAUCCAAGUCUACGGAAGGAAUUAUGGAAAUAUAUGCUGAAGUAUUAUGAUUGGAAUAUGACAAAACAAGAGUUAGCUGACAGAAGAAGAGCUAAAGAGGAUGAUUACUACAGAAUGAAAAUGCAAUGGAAGUCGAUUGACGAAGAUCAACAAAAAAGAUUUGCUUUACUCAGAGAGAGAAAAAAUCUCGUAGAGAAAGAUGUCAUAAGAACGGAUCGUACAAGAAUGUUCUAUAAAGAAGAUGGAAAUUUGAGUUUGAAAUUGCUUUUCGAUAUUCUGAUGACAUACUGCAUGCAUAAUUUUGAUCUUGGUUAUGUUCAAGGCAUGAGUGACCUUCUGUCACCUUUAUUAGAAGUUUUGGAAAAUGAAGUUGAUGCUUUCUGGUGUUUCGUUGGAUACAUGGAUCUUGUGCAUCAUAACUUCGAAGCCAAUCAAGCUGGAAUGAAAAGGCAACUUGGUGAAUUGAGGGUUCUACUCCAGUUCAUGGAACCUCAAUUAUGGGAUCAUUUGGAUGAAAAAGAAUCAGCUAAUGUGUAUUUCUGUUUCCGAUGGCUUCUGAUACAUUUCAAACGUGAAUUCUCGUAUGAAGAUAUACAACCAUUGUGGGAGGUUCUAUGGAGUGGUCUACCCUGUUGUAAUUUCCAUCUCCUGAUAUGUGUUGCCAUAUUGGAAACUGAAAAACAUAAUCUCAUGAAGGAAGAAUGUGGCUUCACAGAAAUACUAAAACAUAUCAAUGAAUUGGCUGGCAACAUAAAUUUGGAUGAGACUCUGCGUAAAGCAUAUGGAAUUUAUGAACAGCUCUCUGCCUGUAAACAAGAUCUUCCGGAUUCAGUCAAAUUCAUAUUGGGAUUUAAUGAAUGAUAAAAACCGAACAAUUUGCUUGGUGAAUUUUUAUGCUGGGUGAAAUAUAAUUAUAUGAGCUGCCAACCUGCCAUAUUACUAAAAUGACAGAGAUGUUUUUUUUUAUAAAUCUCAAUAACUAUUUAUCUGAGUAUGGAAUGAAAUUGUAUCGCUUUAUACGCUCAAGGCUUGAAAUAUUCGUAAUUGGAAUGCUUUUACGUUAUUGAACACAUUAUGUUGGAUAAUUGUAGUAAAAUGGAAAGUUUUUUUACUGAUGACUUGUGAAUGUUGAUGCAGAUAAACUUUUUCUUCUGAUCUUACAUAAAUGAAUCAUUAUGGGACUAUUAGGUAGGGAUGUUACGGAGCGAAACUGGGGACUUGACUCAUUUUUAAAGGUUGGCCUGAGGUCGGCUGAAAGUUCACAUUUACAAUAAAUCAGAAAUGUGACGGAUGGGAUUGGACUAUUGUGAAUUUUUUUAUCUUUUCAAAUUGAUACUUUAAAAUUAUUAUUAUGGUAAUAUUUUGAUCCUAAAUGAGACAAAAUAUAAUCUUGGAAUAUUGUAGAGGAAGUUUACAAAUACUAUUACAACAUCAUUGUCAAGCAGAUAACUUCAUAUGAAUACAAGUUUUUGGACAAACGAAAUAUACCAGUUUAAUAUCCCCUUGAACAUGACACUCUAUUGUUAAAACGAAUAUUUAAGGUUCGAUGAUAGUUUUGCAUCGUGCAAGCGUUCAAUAAUUAUCUUGACUCAUCAAUAGCAUUAUACAAUUUUUGUUUAUAUUAUUUUUCACAUCACAUUUUAUUCAAAUAAUAUAGUUUAUCUUAUGUGUGCAGAAAAACGGAAAAGUAUAUAACUUCAGUUUAAUCUGAAUUCCUGGUAGUUUGAAAAUCUCAUUCAAUAUAUGUACCAUUCUCCUUGGUCAUCUUUCUUUUUCAUUAAGGUCUAUUUUUAGUUUAUGAAUUAUUCUGUUUGUAUUUUAUUAUGAAGUCUAAUCCAAACUAGAAAUGACAAUGUAGCCGGUGGUGUAUCCCGGAUUCUAGUUUGAAUAUGUAUGAUCAAAUUGAUGGCAUUUACAUAUUGAAAACAUUGUUUAUCUAUUAAGUACUGUAAAUUUUUGGUUCAUCAUGCCAUAAAUCAGCAAUGUCGAUAUGGAAUUGAAGCAAAUUGGUAACAAUUUGAAAUUUCAAUUUAGAAAUGCACACUAUUAUGUUAAAAUAAGAGUUUAUAUCUCUUUCGCUAAUUGAGUUUACUUCCAACAUCUUACAAAAUGUUGUCAAAUCUUAUAAAAUAUUGCUUUUCAUUAAAAAUUCAUUUUUUUUUAACUGUGUGUGAUAAAAAUUUAUUAAGAUUCCCAAUUUUGUUUUAUUCCUUCUUUGUAUGUAAAUAUGCCACUGGCUUGUAGAGUUACUAGGCAGAAGACUUCUGUUUUGACUCUUAACAUAAGGUAAUUACAGUAUCAGUAUUGAGUGUUUUAUUAUUACUUGUUUUUCUUGUUAAAAAUAGAGUCCCUCAAAUCAAUAAAAAAAAAAUUAUCUUUUUUCGAAAUUGUUUAAAAAAGCAUGGUUAAAUUAAUUCUUUUUGCUUUUUUAAUUUUCAAGUAUUUGUUUAAUUAAUUAAAAAUGUGAUUGGGGCAAAAUACUUCAUGUUCAAUCGUCUCGUCAUUGCACUGAAUUCACUUUAUUUGUGGUGAAAAUAUGAGUUAUAUUAUACAGUAUAUAGAAUUUGUGGUGGAUGUACAGGGUUUUUAUAAAUUCCUAAAUUAAAUUAGGUAAAAGAACGUUGAUGCACUUCGUGCAACUAAUGGUGGACUUAAAAGGUGUAUUAAAAUAAAUCGAAUAAACACUAAUAAAAAUAAAACAAACCUGGCUAAGAUAUAUUGAGAACUGACUUCACAACAAAAUUUACUGGCAACAGGACUUCAUGAACACCCUGUAUAUCACUUAGAAAUAAUGUUUGCAAGCUCCGUUAUUAUAACUAUUCCAUGUUAUCGAUAUGUUAGCUUUGUUCCCAUGUUUUUAUAGAAUUUGUAUUAGUUAGUUGUGAUUGUAUGACUUAUUAACUUGUGAUACCUGCUUGUAAUUUAAAUAGGUAUUAACAUUAUAUUGUGCAAUACCUAAUGUAUGUGUAUAAAAGUCUGCAAUUGCGUUUUUAUUUUGUUUACAAAAUCGACAGUAAACAAUUAAGGCUUCAUUAGAUUCAUUAUCGGGCCAACUACAAAAAGAGAAAAACAGUAGAGUGCAUAUUUUGAUGUCAUUUUGAAUUUUAAAACGCAUGUUAAUGCUAUCGUCAUCAUAGAAAAAUUCUGACUUUCGCUAUCUGCCCUCCAUUUAAUCGUAAACUUCUAACAGAAUCCUAAACUUCAGACAAUUUAUGGUAGAUGUGGCAAAUGGUUAAUGAAAGUGCUACGUUUUGGUAAUUUUAUUGGUCGUAAAAUGCUGCGGAACAAAUAUUUCAAUCUCUCAUUUUGUAAAAUAAAUCACCAGACUUUUUA